AUGUUCCACACUUCAUUGGCGUGUAUGGCAUUGGCAAGAGCACGGCAGCACCAGAAGCUUGUGUGUGCCGUUCUCCUCAUCUUCGCCCUGCAGAUCCCGUUGCGGCUCAGUUCUUGUUCCGCGCACGCCAUCGUCGUCGUCGACCCUGCGGCGGCGGCCGGGCGGCGUCAUCUCCCCGUGCGCACGGUGCAGGCGGCGCAGUCCGUGGAGGUGAAGGAGACGGUGGUGCCGCAUCCACGGAGCAUGGAGAGAAGAGCAAGAAGCGGCAGCAGCAGCAGCUCGGCGGCAUUCAUGAACGCAGUGAGCAAACAUCAGGUGCCGAGCGGAGUCAACCCAGACUCCAACUAG